UGGGACGUGCGGGGCGCCCGUGGCCCUUCGGGAUUUUUCUCCGGGAACCCGCGAGCUCCGGUCCUUUCUGGGGGAGGGCUGUCGCUGCCUCCCGAGAGCCUCGGUCGCUUCCGGCUUUCCUGCUCGGACGUGGCCGCUUCCAGGGAGGAGCCGGCGCGCGGCCGUGUCCACUGUGGGUUACACCUGCAGGAUGACGCUGGAAGAGCUGGUGGCGUGCGACCACGCGGCGCAGAAGAUGCAGACCGUGAGCGCCGCCGUGGAGGAGCUGCUGGUGGCCGCGCAGCGCCAGGACCGCCUCACGGUCGGGGUGUACGAGGCGGCCAAGCUGAUGAAUGUGGACCCGGACAGCGUGGUCCUGUGCCUCCUGGCCAUGGACGAGGAGGAGGAGGGCGACAUCGCUCUGCAGAUCCACUUCACACUCAUCCAGUCCUUCUGCUGUGACAACGACAUCGACAUCGUGCGGGUGUCCGGCAUGCACCGGUUGGCGCAGCUGCUCGGGGAGCCGGCCGAGGCCCAGGGCGCCUCCGAGGCCAGGGACCUGCACUGCCUCCUGGUCACGAGCGCCCACGCGGACGCCUGGAAGAGCCAGGGCCUGGUGGAGGUGGCCACGUACUGCGAGGAGAGCCGCGGCAACAACCAGUGGGUGCCGUGCAUCGCCCUGCAGGAGCGCUGAGCGCCGCGCCCGGAGCCUGAGCCGCUGCCAAAACUUCACAACCAGUAUUUGACGCCCCUCCCCCCAAAGCAACCCAGCCCAUGAGACCACCGAGGGCAGCAUCGCUGGAGGAGGGGGGGGGGGCCUGUGGCCACCCCCACGGCCGGCCGCAAGCCGGGAGCAGCGCCAGAGGAGGCCGCCAAGCGAGGAGGAGCUGGGGGUCUGGGCCAGUGGGAGCUGGGCCCCCCCAAUGGAGCUGAGGGCGCCGAGCACCGAGGGUCCCGACUGCACACGGCGGGGUGGGGUGAAUGGACCGCACCUCGAGGCCAGAGCUGACGUCAGCAGACAGGACUUGGCUGAGGGUCUGCACCCCGCAUGGACCUGGGGCCUGGGAGCCGGGGUCUGCACCCUGUGUGGACCUGGGGGCCUGGGUCUUCACCCCGCACGGACCUGGGACCGGGGUCUGCACCAUGCAUGAUCCGGGGAGCCAGGGUCUGCACCCUGCACAGACCUGGGGCCGCAGUCUGCACCCCGCACGGACCUGGGACCCGGAGUCUGCACCCCGCACGGACCUGGGACCUGGGACCCGGAGUCUGCACCCCGCACGGCACGAACCUGGGACCGGGGUCUGCACCCCGCACGGACCUGGGGCCGGGGUCUGCACCCUGCCUGGAGCUGGGGCCGGGGUCUGCACCCUGCGCGGACCUGGGGCCGGGGUCUGCACCCUGCACGGACCUGGGGCCGGGGUCUGCACUCUGCCUGGAGCUGGGGCCGGGGUCUGCACCCUGCACGGACCUGGGGCCGGGGUCUGCACUCUGCCCGGAGCUGGGGGCUGCCCUCGCGCCCGCGCGCAGACUCGGUGGCGGCGGCAGGAGCCGGCCGACCCCCAGCCCCCGCGGCACACAGAGCUCUAUUUUGUUACUGGAACCGCUGGGAGGCGGAGCUUACGGAUAAUGUCUAUUUUUGAUUUCUGCUACGAAGGCCUUGUAAUAAAGUUCUGAAACUCUG